AUGAGUUAUGAGAAGUGGCAUUUCCUAUGGAGCACCUUUACUUUUGCAGAUAAGGGAAGCAGGAUCAUUGUGACGACACGGAGUGAAAAUGUUGCAUCAAUAGUGAAGACCGGGGAAGUAACUUAUCAACUACGGCAGUUACCAGAGGCCGAUUGCUGGAAAAUAUUUUCAGAGCAUGCCUUCAGUGGAGACUUGGAUGCAGAUCCACGUUUGCAACAAGUUGGUAAGAAAAUUGUUAAGAAGUGUGGGGGGCUCCCAUUAGCCUUAAGAUCAAUGGGUGCUCUCUUACGCUUCGAAAGAGAUCCAAGUAAAUGGGAUAGCAUUCUAAGGAGCCAUGUGUGGGAAUUGCGUGAAACCCAGAGAAACAAUAUUCUGCCAUCGUUAUGGUUGAGCUAUCAUUAUCUACCUUCUUGUUUGAAGCAUUGUUUUGCUUAUUGCUCAGUAUUUCUGAAAGAUUUUGAAAUACAAAAAGAGGAAUUAAUCUUGCUGUGGAUGGCAGAAGGUUUUUUGCAAUCUGUUGAGGAAGAAAAGAGAAUGGAAGAUGUUGGAGAGGAGUACAUCAAAGAUCUAAUAUCAAGGUCAUUAGUUCAAAGAUCAAGAUAUGAUGAGUCGACAGUUAAGAUGCAUGAUCUUGUUCAUGAUUUAGCUCUCUUUGUAUCAGACAUUGUUGUUGUCUAA